AUGACUGACAACCUGACCGUCGGCACGCAGCACGAUGCUUCGGCACCUACAACUCCAGAACGGGAUAGCGUCGGCACACAUCAAUUGCAGUCCGAUGACUGGAAGGGAUUGACGGACCCGAAAGAGCGGAGGCGGCGGCAGAACCGCGUGAACCAGCGCGCUUACAGAAGGCGAAAACGGGCUCAAAGUCAGGGUCUGGUCUCCCAACGCGACAAUGCUAUUGUGCGGCAAACCAGUCCUAACAGCUCAUCCUCCCAAGAAACAUUCUCAUCGUCCAACCCCGACUCCACCUCCAGCAUAUCUACGGUCACAUCAAGAAAUAGUAUUGGCGGACGCUGCAUCAGACCCGAACAAGCAUCCGAACUGCUCGAAGCUCUCAGUAAUACCGCCUACCAGAGCUAUAUCCUCGGAUCUCCGACAGCCGAGCACCUCCUCACUCUUAGCAAAAUGAACGUGUUCCGCGCUUUCGGAUCCAUCUUGACCAUCCUCGGGAUGAAAAACGAUAUGGAAUGGCUACACGACGAUGCCAUCUCACCAUUCACCACUAUGCAACCCGGUUUCGUGGAAGAUGAACACCUACCGAUUAAUUUACGCCCGACUCAACUACAGCGACGUAUCGAGCACCACCCCUGGCUGGAUUUCUUCCCGCAUCCCAAGAUGCGAGAUAAUCUAGUUGCCGCAGGGGAAGGAUUCGACGACGAGCAGUUAUGCAUUGACAUAAUGGGGUUCUGGGACAUGUCCAACGACAGCUGCAGUUUGUUGGUAUGGGGUGAUCCGUCGGAUCCUAGUAACUGGGAAGUAACGGAGGAAUUUCUACGACGGUGGCCGUGGGUGCUGCGAGGGUGCGGAGAGUUAAUGGUGGCGACGAAUCGAUGGCGGGCACGAAGAGGAGAGAAGAUGAUUUUCCGUUACUUGUAG